AUGAAUAAAAGUAAGGAGUACCAUGACCGAGAAAGGAAAUCAGCAGCUUACAAGAUAUUAUUAGAAAAAAAUAAAGAAAUUGACUCUACGGCAACUAUAGAUACAGUGAAAAGUAAAAUUAACACACUGCGUUGCACGUUCAAAAAAGAAGUUUUGAAAGUCAAAUCGUCACAAAGAUCAGGAUCUGGCAAAGAUGAUAUUUAUAUACCAAAGUUAUGGUAUUACGAUUUAAUACAAUUUCUCACCGUCCAAGAAGUACCACGAUCCUCAAGAUCAAAUAUUUCCAAGGAUGACGAAGAAACAAAUGACAAUGAAGACCUAGACUCUAGACCAGGUUCAUCUUUGGCUUCAAACCACUCUGAAUCUGACACAGGAAAUUCAGCAUCAUCGUCGGCACCACCUCACCAUCCGAGACCGACAAAAAGGAAUCUCAAUCAAACUUUAACCAAUGACGUUUUAUUAACUGUACAGGAUCAUUUUAAACAUCCUGUACAGCGGGAUGAUCGUUUCGAUAUUUUUGGGAAAAACGUGGCAAUGAAGUUGCGUGAUCUUCCUAAAGAACAGCGCAUUUUAGCGGAAGGUAUUAUAAACGAAGCUCUAUUCUUAGCUGAAAUAGAUAAAUUGACUAUUGACCACAAAAUAUCGGAUCGAGCAACAAUACAAUAA